CUUGACCCAACCAAAAUAGUACGCUGAUUCUUCUCCCCUGCCAUCUUUAAAACUUUUGAGUUUGUGUAUAUUGUGGGUUAUUGAAUACUUUCCUCUUUCUCUGGUUUGAGCGGUGGAGUGAGUGUGUGCUCUAAUUGGAGCCCUACAUGGAGACGCACAAAGAGGAGGAGGAGAAUAUGAGGUCUUCAAGAAGACAGUUGAAGGCUAUGCUUCGCAAGAACUGGCUUCUAAAAAUUCGUCACCCUUUUAUUACCUGUGCUGAGGUCCUUCUACUUCUUCGUACACAUGCACAGACACACGGCCUUUUCUUAUGCAUUUUUAUGAAUUGGAUUCUUGUAAUUGAACUACGAGUAUUGGGAAUUUACAAACCGACCCAAGAAGGCAGCGUUUUAUUAAGCAUGUUUCCUGUGUUGCUGAUGAAUACAAUUGAAAAUGUAUUUCAGCUGGCUUCAAGGGUGUACAAAGAUGAAGAAGAGCUUGAGACAUACAUACACUCGGAUCUUUACGCUGCUUAUGAUAAAGUAAAGAAUAGUACAAACCCAAAAAUCAAAGGAGCAAUUGUGUUUCAUGAACAAGGCCCUCAGUCUUUUGACUAUAGCAUACGCCUUAACCACACAUGGGCUUUCUCGGGGUUUCCUGAUGUUAAGUCCAUCAUGGACUUGAAUGGUCCAUAUCUUAAUGACUUGGAAUUGGGUGUGAAUACAAUACCAAUAAUGCAGUAUGGCUUCAGUGGAUUUUUAACUCUUCAACAACUCAUGGAUUCAUUCAUAAUAUAUGCUGCACAGCAACGUGGGACUAACUUAGUCACUGAAGAUGUUGGUUCACCUUCAAACUUAUCUGGAGUACACUCAAAACUCCAGACACCAUGGACAAAUUUUAUGCCUGCAAACAUAAGACUAGCACCAUUUCCAACUCGUGAAUAUACUGAUGAUGAGUUCCAGUCCAUUGUCAAGACAGUCAUGGGAGUGUUGUACUUGCUGGGGUUUCUCUAUCCAAUCUCCCGCUUGAUUAGUUAUUCUGUUCUGGAAAAGGAGCUGAAGAUUAAGGAAGGUCUCUACAUGAUGGGUCUGAAGGAUGAGAUAUUCCAUUUCUCGUGGUUUGUAACAUAUGCAUUUCAGUUUGCUAUAUCAUCCGGGAUAAUCACUCUCUGCACAAUGGGAACCCUUUUUAAGUACAGCGACAAGUCGCUAGUCUUCACUUACUUCUUCUCAUUUGGACUUAGCUCAAUAAUGCUGUCAUUCCUAAUCUCGACAUUCUUUACACGGGCGAAGACAGCAGUAACAGUCGGGACACUUUCUUUUCUUGGCGCAUUUUUCCCUUAUUAUACCGUCAGUGACCAGGCCGUUUCUAUGGUACUAAAGGUGAUGGCCUCUUUUCUUUCACCCACAGCCUUUGCAUUAGGGUCGGUUAAUUUUGCUGACUAUGAGCGCGCUCAUGUUGGACUUCGAUGGAGCAACAUCUGGCGGGAUUCUUCUGGGGUUAACUUUUUGGUCUGCCUCCUGAUGAUGUUGCUCGACACUUUCUUGUACUGUGUAAUUGGUCUUUUUCUAGAUAAGGUCCUACAGAAGGAGAAUGAUAAUCCUUGGAACUUCAUGUUUUGUAAGUGUUUUCGGAGGAAGAAGAGAACUAGUGAAGAGUACGCUUCCAGCUCACAAGUUAAAGUAGCAGGUGGUCAUUCUGAGGUAAAUGCUAGUGUUUUUGAAAAAGAUGCAUACAAGGCAGCUGUGGAAGCGACAAGCUUAGAAAUGAAGCAACAAGAACUCGAUGGCCGAUGCAUUCAGAUGAGGAAUUUGCACAAGGUGUAUACCACUAAGAAGGGAAACUGUUGUGCUGUCAAUUCUUUACAGCUGACAUUAUAUGAAAAUCAAAUUCUCGCUCUUCUAGGACAUAAUGGAGCUGGUAAAAGCACAACAAUAUCCAUGCUCGCUGGCCUUCUUCCUCCUACCUCAGGGGAUGCUUUAGUUUUUGGAAAGAACAUCUCAACAGACAUGAAUGAGAUACGGAAAAGUUUGGGCAUAUGUCCUCAACAUGACAUUCUUUUUCCUGAAUUGACUGUGAAGGAGCACUUGGAAAUAUUUGGUAAUAUAAAAGGCGUGAAUGAAGACUAUUUGGAGAAUGUUGUUAUUGAAAUGGCUGAAGAAGCUGAAUACCCACAUCACAUAUUGCCCAAACACUAUGGCGGUUCAGGUUUUUCUUUGUAUUUUCUUUAUUACUUGAGAUCUUUCACGAUUGCUCAAGGCCAUGUGUUGCAUUUUCUCUUAUAUUUGCUGCCACCAACUACUGGAAGUACUCUUGGUCUUAUUCUCAUCUUGCAUGAUUUUGUCUUGAGUGAUUACGUUUUAGCGCACCAUAUGCUUAAGGAGGUGUUUGUCGAGCCAAGUGGGGAGUCCCAAGUAGGGACUAAAGCAGUAGAGGUGGGACCUUCGGCUAAGGUAGGGGAGUCGAGUAUGUUGAAUCUGCAGUUGAAGAUCCCCGAUACGACCAAAGAAAAUUGCCCCCACGAUCGAGAUACGUUGGACAAGAAUGCAGCAGAGGGAUUAGUGUUGGAAAUGGAGCAAGAAAACGGAAUUGUAUUGGUAGAAAAUCCAGCUUCGGUAAUUGAAAAACUGCAAGGGUCAACAGGCUUUGCCACUAUGGGAAUGAAUACCUACACAAGGAGAUAUUUGAAAGUUAUAAAAGAAGGAGAGGUAAGGAAUGAUAAAGCUUUGGUGGUGUGGGUUAAUGGGGUCGAGAAAGGGGGUAUAUGUAGUGAUGCAGCACAGAUUGAGGAAGAGGAGGGACACUACUAUGAUUUUGCAUACGAUGAGGAGAUAGCGAAUGGCAAGAUGCGUGACAUUAGAUCACCACCGUCGAGUUGGGCUCUCCAAAAAAUUCUGGAAUUGAGUAAGAUGGUGGGUAUGUCUUGUGAUGGGGCUUCAGGAGGUGUGCUAGUUAUGUGGGACACUAGAGUUUUUGAUAUGAAGGAGGAGUUUAUGGGCCCAAUGUUGAUGAGUAAAAGUGGAUUAUGGGAUGAGUUAGCUGGUAUGAGGCUUGGUGGAAUCUCCCAAACGUGUAUUGGAGGAGAUUUUAUUGUAGUUCGAUAUCCUACUGAGAGGGAGAACAUAUUGUUGGACCUGCUUAUGAUGGGUGGAGAUUUUACUUGGCCAUCCAAUCGGGAUCAACUUGUCUUGUCUCGAAUAGAUUGGUUUCUAGUAUGUGGAGAGUGGGAUGCUAAGUACCCAGAGGUUUUAGAAGAUGUGGCUAAAAGUAGAAAGUUUUGUGGAGCGAGUAUGGGCAUGGUGGACGUUAUAAAAGCUGAUAGAAGGGAGGAGAGUCAAAGAUUGGUAGGGGAUGUGAGGGAGAGACACGGAGAAUUAAAGGGAGAGUUGGAGAGGGUCGCUAAUUUGAACAAACGAAACAAUUCUAUCACUAUGCUGGAGGUAGAUGGGGCCACAGGAUGUUGGUUUGAAUGGAGGCCAGAGCUAAAAGAGCUAGAUUAUUCUAUUAUUAAUGAAGAGGACGCUAGUUGGUUAGAGAGAUUAUUCGAGGAUGGUGAAAUUAAAGAGGUGGUAUUCAGCAUGAAUGACGACAAAGCUUCAGGAUCAGACGGUUUUUCAUUCUCAUUUUAUAAGGCUUGUUGGGAAGUCGAGCGAUUGGAUAUUGUAGAUAUCCUUACGUAUUUUUUCCAGUGCUACAGGUUAUUGAGAUGCUCCAAUGCUUCAUUUAUUGUGCUAAUUCCUAAGAAACCAGGAGCGAUGUAUAACAAGGACUUUCGACCUAUUAGUUUAGUGAGUGGGGUGUACAAGAUUAUUGCGAAGAUUUUGGCGAACAAAUUAAAUGAGGUGUUGGGGAAAGUAGUGUCUAAGAUUCAGAAUGCUUUUGUCAAAGGGUGCCGAAUUCUGAAUUCCGUACCUAUAGUGAAUAAAUGCAUCGACUUAAUAAUGCGUCUAGGGGUUCCAGGAAUGUUAUUUUCUUUCUCAGUUAUGGUGCACGGUACUCCUGAGGGUUAUUUUUGUAGUAGUAGAGUACUAAGGCAAGGAGAUCCUUUAUCUCCAUUGCCUUUUGUAUCUCACUUGUUUGCAGAUGAUACGCUGAUCUUCUGUGAUGCAGAUGUUGAGCAAUUUAGGAACUUGCGUUGUUUGCUUCUAUGCUUUGAAGCUACAUCUAGACUGAGGAUAAAUUUGGGAAAAUCUGAGGCUAUAAUAGUGGGAGAGGUUGAAAAUGUGCAGGAGUUAGUUGCUAUAUUGGGUUGCAAGGUUGUGCGGUUGCCUUUGUCAUAUCGUGGGCUUCCUUUAGGAGCACGAUUUAAAGUACACAUAUUUGUGGUAAAAAGACUAGAGAGGAUUCAAAGGGAGCUCCUAUGGGACAGUUUGGGAGAGGAGAAGAAAUUACAUUUGGUUAGCGAUGCAAUUUGUUCUCCCCUAAGGGUGGGGGGUCUCGAAGUGAGGAGCCUUGUAUUGUUUAAUAAAGGAUUGUUAGAGAGUAAUCGCUUAGGGAAGGAUUUCCCUCUUUGUAUCGAAUUGCUUUGUAGCCGUCCACUAUGGACUGGGAAGUGGAUGAUUAUAUUGACAUCCUUGUAUGAAGUGCACAUCAGGGUAGGAGAGGGUGAUUGUAGCAUAUGGAUGUUGACAUGGGAUGGUAUCUUCUUAGUCAGCACGUAUUUUAGAUCCUUUUUGGGACCCGCGGAGUUCAUUUCCUUGAAAGAUGAAAUGCCUCUGCAGGUUGGUACUGAAAUUUCAUUUAAGCUCCCUCUUGCAUCCUCAUCGUCCUUUGAAUGCAUGUUUCGGGAGAUAGAGUGCUGCAUGCAAAGAUCAGAUCCUAACUUUGAAUUGACUGGCUAUGGGGACAUUGUUUCUCUUGGCAUUGAGAGUUUUGGCAUAUCUGUCACAACUUUGGAGGAAGUAUUCCUGAGAGUUGCUGGAGGUGAUUUUGAUGAAACCAAGUGCUCUGAUGAGAAGAAAUCUCUAGUUUCAUCUGAUAAUUUUCAUCAGCCAAAUGAUGCUCCAAAGACAACCUUUGACUCAAAACUUUGUAGAAGUUAUUUUGAAGUCAUUGGACUUAUAUUUUCAGUAAUUGGGAAAGCUUGCGGUCUAUUUUUCGCUACUGUGCUAAAUGUCAUUCAGUUCCUAAGUAUGCAGUGCUGUUGCUGUUGUAUAUUUUCAAGGUCUACAUUUUGGAAACAUUUAAAGGCGUUAAUGAUAAAGAGAGCAAUCUCAGCUCGAAGAGAUAGGAAAACGAUAGUUUUCCAGCUUCUAAUUCCUGCCAUAUUUUUACUUUUGGGUCUUGUUUUUCUCAAGCUUAAGCCGCAUCCCGAUCAGCAAUCAGUGACCUUCACAACCUCUUUCUUCAAUCCUCUAUUAACUGGUGGUGGUGGGGGUGGUCCAAUUCCUUUUGACCUAUCCUCGCCAAUUGCAAAUGAGGUUGCGGAGCAUGUCCAUGGGGGCUGGAUUCAAAGGUUUAGACAGACGACUUACAGGUUCCCUAAUUCACAGAAGGCCCUAGAUGAUGCUGUUGAGGCUGCAGGGUCAACUUUGGGACCAAUCUUACUUUCUAUGAGUGAAUAUCUAAUGUCUAGCUUUAAUGAAUCCUAUCAGUCAAGGUAUGGAGCAAUUGUUAUGGAUAAUCAGAGUGAAGAUGGGAGUAUAGGAUAUACUGUUCUGCACAAUAGUACCUGUCAGCAUGCUGCUCCAACCUUUAUUAAUUUAAUUGACUCGGCAAUGCUUAGGCUUGCUACCCAUGAUGAAAAUAUGACAAUCAAAACACGGAAUCACCCUCUGCCCAUGACAGAAAGCCAGCUCCAGCAACACCAUGAUUUGGAUGCCUUCUCUGCUGCUGUUGUUGUUAAUAUCGCCUUUUCCUUUAUUCCUGCUUCAUUCGCUGUGGCCAUUGUGAAGGAACGUGAAGUAAAAGCUAAGCAUCAACAACUUAUAAGUGGGGUAUCUAUACUGUCAUACUGGACCUCCACGUACCUAUGGGACUUCAUCAGCUUUUUAUUGCCUUCAUCUUUUGCAAUAGUUCUCUUUAGCCUAUUUGGUCUUGAUCAGUUUAUUGGGAGCGACUCCCUUUUUCCAACUGUCCUCAUGUUCCUGGAAUAUGGACUGGCAAUUGCAUCAUCUACAUAUUGCCUAACCUUUUUCUUUUCUGAACACAGCAUGGCCCAGAAUGUGGUACUCUUGGUAAAUCUUUUCACUGGGCUCAUUCUGAUGGUAAUAUCAUUCAUAAUGGGGCUUAUAAAGUCAACUGCUCAUGCAAAUUCUGUUCUCAAGAACUUUUUCAGGUUGUCACCUGGUUUUUGCUUUGCUGAUGGGUUAGCUUCAUUAGCUCUUCUACGGCAGGGAAUGAAAACUGGAUCUGAUAGUAGUGCUUUUGACUGGAACGUCACUGGAGCCUCUAUAUGUUAUCUGGCUGCAGAGGGCAUUAUUUACUUUAUUUUGACACUUAGUCUUGAAGUCUUGCCUCUUCAUAAGAUAAACCUUGCAACAGCCUGUCAGUUGUGGACAAGUUCGAAAAAACUGUUCCUUGCCACUUCUGGUAGCUCUUUAGAACCUCUUCUUGCAUCUUCCUCAGAAGAUCAUGAAGACAUUGAUGUGCUAGCAGAGAGAAAUAGGGUACUAUCUGGUUCAGGUGGUAAUGCAUUAAUCUACCUGCAUAAUCUUCGGAAGGUGUAUCCAGGAGGGAAGCAGAAUGGUUCAAAAAUUGCUGUUCAUUCAUUGACUUUCUCAGUUCAAGAAGGAGAGUGUUUUGGUUUUCUAGGAACUAAUGGAGCAGGGAAGACAACAACUUUGUCAAUGCUAUCAGGAGAAGAACGUCCUAGUGAUGGGACUGCCUUCAUUUUUGGUAAAGAUAUAAGAUUAAACCCAAAGGCUGCUCGUCGACAUAUUGGUUAUUGUCCUCAAUUUGAUGCUCUUCUCGAAGUUCUUACAGUACGAGAACACCUUGACCUCUAUGCAAGAAUAAAAGGAGUCCCAGAGUACGAGCUUGAAUACGUUGUUACAGAAAAAUUAGUGGAAUUUGACUUGCUGAAGCAUGCUAAUAAACCAUCAUAUGCCUUAAGUGGGGGAAACAAACGUAAAUUAUCUGUUGCAAUUGCGAUGAUUGGUGAUCCUCCUAUAGUCAUUCUUGAUGAACCAUCUACUGGUAUGGAUCCUAUUGCUAAGCGAUUCAUGUGGGAAGUUAUAUCACGCUUAUCGACCAGACGAGGAAAGACUGCUGUCAUUCUAACCACCCACAGCAUGAGUGAAGCUCAAGCUCUUUGCACAAAAAUUGGAAUAAUGGUUGGAGGCAAGCUAAGAUGCAUUGGGAGUCCCCAACAUUUGAAAAAUAGAUUUGGGAAUCAUCUCGAACUAGAGGUUAAACCUACGGAAGUUGACUCCUUGGACUUGGAAAUGUUGUGCCAAAUAAUUCAAGAGAAGCUCUUUGACAUUCCUUCUCAUCCGAGGAGUAGUAUACUGAACGACCUGGAAGUAUGUAUUGGCGGCAUCGACUCCAUAACAUCCGAGAAUGCAUCAGCAGGAGAGAUCAGUUUAUCAGAAGGAAUGAUUGUGAGAAUUGGACGAUGGCUUGGCAAUGAAGAAAGAGUGAAGGCUCUUGUUUCUGGAAAUAAUGAAUCUUGUGGGGCUUUUGGCGAACAGUUAUCAGAGCAGUUGGUUCGUGAUGGUGGCAUUCCUCUGCCAAUAUUUUCAGAGUGGUGGUUAACCAAAGAAAAGUUUGCAGUAAUUGAUUCUUUCAUCCAAUCUUCAUUUCCGGGUGCAACGUAUCAAAGUUGCAACGGGUUGAGCGUUAAAUAUCAGUUGCCAUACGGAGAAGACCUCUCGCUCGCAGACGUUUUUGGGCACAUAGAAAGAAACAGAAAUGAACUUGGUAUAUCGGAGUACAGCCUCAGUCAAUCUACGCUCGAAACAAUAUUUAACCAUUUUGCUGCGAAUCCAUGAGGACCUGCCGCCUUCGCAUAUUCUGAUCCGACAUCGGAAAAAAUUUCGAGGGGAUACGAUUUCUCAUGAAACGUUCGCCAAUUUUUUGUAAAGUGUAUGUUGUUUAUUGAGUGAUACAAGUUGACGUACAUAGUGGAUGAGUAAAUAGGUUGUGUGAUGUACAAUAUUGAUUGGCUCUAAGUAACAUCAUUUUUUCGCCUUUAUUUCGUGUAAAAAUCCCGUACUUACACGAUGUAGUAAACCGUUUGGUUAGGGAUAUAGAAAUCGGGAUUUUUGAGGCGUUGAUGAUGUUUGUUUUUAGUAUCUCGACUAUGUCGUUGCCAUCCAGUUGAACGGAAGCUCGUCGUUCGCCGGUGAUUGUUAAGAAUGUGUUAGUUAUUAGACAGAGACUUGCACUUGGGAUC